GUCUGCUCCUUAUAACCAUUUGAAAGUUAAAACUGCGGUUAUAAAUAUACGCGUGAUUAUAAAUAUCCACAGCGAGACACUCUCCAAUAUUUUCUUGUAAAAGCAAGGAGCAAGCUGGCUGCGAUGCAGUGGUCAGGGAUCCUGGUGCUUUGCUUGGCUGUGAGUGUGUUGGAACUGGAUAUUGCUCAGGGAGAAAAGGACAGGAUUUCGGAGAAACUCAGCAGCGCCGAUGAGCAGUUCUGCCGAGGGGGAUUAGAGGUGUUGUAUCCAGAGCUGCAGAUCAGUGAGUGCAGCAUAGUCCCACAAGCCCAGCGUUGCCGAUACAAGAUCAGCACAGAGUGGGAGGCACCACAGGUGCAGCUGACACAAGCCAAAAAGAAACAGAAGUAUGUCCUGAUCAUGGUGGAUCCAGAUGCUCCAAGUCGUAGCAACCCCACACGCAGAUACUGGAGGCACUGGCUGGUAGCUGACAUUGUUGGCAGUGACCUUCAGAAAGGUGAUAUAAAGGGCACAGUGCUGUCUGAAUAUCGACGCCCAACCCCACCUUCGGAGACAGGCUUCCACCGCUACCAGCUCAUGUUGUUUGAACAGCAGCCCAAAGCAACUCCCUACCUCAGCCCUGAGGAGCAGAAGGCAUUAGGUAACUGGGAUUUGCAGGCUUUCAUCCAGAAGUUCAAUCUGGGAAGUCCUGUGGCCACUGUGCAGUUUCUCACUCAGAACGCCAACGACUAAUUUGGAAAGCUUAGGCCCAUCUUAUUGUGUACCCUGGCAUUGCCAUGGCUCUCUGACAACUAGUUAAAACAUACCCAACUGCCUUGUAAAACAUGCCAAAAGAGAAGCAUUUUUCCCUGCUGAAAGAUGUACUCCUGUCUUAAGUCACUGUUGUGUAUUGAUUCCUUACUGAAACAUUACAUCUCUUUAAAAACAACUCCAGAGCACAUUUUCUGUUGGAUCUAUCACUUCUAGUUGGAGAGGAAAUCCACAGCUUUAAGGACCAUAGGGUCUCCUGGACUUGUUGGAAUUUUAAUCUGAGUUUCCAAUUGAGGAAGAUCUUGUGUUUUGUUUGUCAUCCAUCAAACCAUAGUCGCACAACAACUUAGAUGAUACACAGAGAGAGGCAUGGCACCAGCUGUAUAGAUCACUAUGACAGACUUCAAUCACAGCUUUAGGGGAUGCUAACAUGCUUUUCUCACCUGCUUCCUCACUUUGUGAAGUGGUUAGCUUUUAGUCUUAUCUUUGAAGGUAAUUACUGUAAGCAGAGCAAGUAGAAAUACAAAAUCAUUUAAGAUAUGCAAGUAAGAAAUGAAAUAAUAGGAAAGGAAGGAAGUUUUGAGCUGGUCUUUAAGCUUAUGCCGCUGGGUUCAAUCAUUUUCCUCUAUGUUUAUUGUGUGCUCAACUUGUCAAAUGGUGCAGUCACUCUAAUUGUUUUGCAAUUUAUAGGUUUAGUGCUUUUGACUUAAAUGAAACUGUAUCAAAUUGUGAACUGGAAUCAGAGCUUGGGUCAUCGCUGUGUAAUGUGAAAGUCUGAGAAUAAAUGUCUGCUGUGAUUUGGGUUUCUGAUUCAUGAA